ACCUAGGGGUCCGCGUACUCCCAUUUGAGAAUCACUGGUGCAUGUAACAGCCUGCAGUACAUGGACCUGACCAGUGGAGGUCCUCAAGAGCAAAAUUGGAAAAACAUUGACUACCGAUCGAAGACAUUGGAUCCCUCUGAGAGUAUGAAGGACACUAAAAAUAAAGCAGCGGACUGCCACGUCCCAGCCAAGCUACUCUCACACCAUGCCUUUUCUUUGAUCAUCACUCCAAGUUAUGCCAAACUAAAAAGGACUUAAAGUUCAAAAUGUGACGUCACUUCUGCUCUCAGCCUCCAACAGUGUGGUUAGUCAGAAUGUGAGCGGAUGCAGCGUUUUGGGAGCCGAUUGCUGAGAUUUGUGGCUGCUUUUUUGACCUAAGAACUCAACCUCUCUCUUAUGGGGUCAUAUGGAUCGAUCGCCGUUCCUCCAAGGAUCUGUUUGUUUUAAACUUCGGGACUACUAACUGGAGCCACAUGAAGAAUAAAGGGACUAAGCAGAAGUCCAAAAAGAAAGGAAGUGAAAAUGUGUUCGGCUGUGACCUGAUAGAACAUCUCCAGAACUCCGGGCAGGAUGUUCCUCAGGUUCUGAAGAAAUGUGCAGAGUUUAUCGAGGAACAUGGGAUUGUGGACGGGAUCUACAGACUGUCGGGGGUCACCUCAAAUAUCCAGCACCUCAGGCAGGAAUUCUGCUGUGAGGCGUGCCCUGACCUCACAGAGGAAGUGUACCUCCAGGACAUCCACUGUGUGGGUUCCUUAUGUAAGCUGUUCUUCAGGGAGCUACCCAAUCCUCUGCUCACAUACGAGUUAUACAGCAAAUUCACUAAAACAGUCCUGGUUCAGGGGGACAAUGAGAGACUUUUACACAUUCAGGGGGUCAUCAAAGAACUGCCGACACCUCACUUCAGGACUCUGGAGUACCUUACUAAACACCUGGCCCACCUUGCCACCUUAAGUACGACAACAAACAUGCAUACCCGUAACCUGGCCCUGGUGUGGGCUCCAAACCUAUUAAGAUCUAAAGACAUUGAGGCGUCAGGUACUAAUGGAGACAUGGCCUUCCAAGAGGUGCGGAUACAACAGUCAGUGGUUGAGUUUAUUCUAAACCACAGAGAGGAGAUCUUCAGCGGUUCGGCCCAAAUAAAACCCAAAGAAGGACCCAGUUUGAAGUGUGAGGAGAACUACGCCACGCUCCCAAUCAGCCGCCAGUGUGGGCCGAUGAAGCUGAUGAGCCUGGAAGAAGCCCAGGCCCGCUCCUUGAGUCCAAACCACCCGGUGCACAGAGAACGUCAGCGAGAGAACAGCCUGCCUAACACCAGCACUGCCACGCUCUACCACACCGUCAUAGACAUAUCAGACAGCAAGAGAAAGUUUUCUGGGAAAUCCAAGAAAUGGAAGUCCAUCUUUAACUUGGGAAGGUCUGUGGAAAGGGGAAAACUGAGCCGGAAUGGAAGCGUGUUCAUAAGAGCACAAGGGACAGAAAAGGCAGCUCUUCGUCCAUCCAGGAGCAUGGAGUCCUUAUGCUCCAUACCAACAGAUGAUGACAGAACAGGAAACAACAGCCCAGCUGGUGGAUCUGGCAGCCUCUUUGGUCAGGAUGUGAAAUCCAGAACGCUGGGAUCUGACUUGCUCUAUGACCUGAGCGAACAUGACCAGAGCUGGGAGUAUAAGGAGACAAAAUCUGAUGGGGCAACAGGCGGCUGGAGCUCAAGAAUUUACCAAAAAGGGUCAACAGGUUCCUCUGCACCCCCCCAAAAAACACUUCCAGAGCAACUGAAAGUUUACAAAGGUGAUGAAGUCAGUGGAUACAAGCCCACCUCGCCGAAAAGCAGGCGGAUGUUGUACUCGGGCUCCUCCCAAAACAGCUCCUCUCGGCCCUCCUUCCCAGGAAGCUUCUUCCCACUGGAGUCUUCUCCCAGGCAUCAGCGCAGGGCCGUCAACAUAUCUGAGCCUUUUGCCGUGUCUGUACCUCUGCGUGUGUCGGCUGUUAUCAGCUCCAACAGCACGCCGUGCAGGGGCCACGCCAAGGACAAAGCAGCUACUCUGAAACCCUUCAAGGAGAGCUCAGAGCAGAGCAGCAACAGUGGAAAGAGCAACACGUUCCCUCUGCUGGAACCAAGGAAGCAGGAAGGAAUGGAGCGGAAAAAGAAAGCGGAACCGAUAUCCAGCGUCCCUCCAAAGGAUGCAAGCAAAGAAGUGGUUAAAGAAGGUCAAAGAGGGAUGAAUACUUCUGAACUUGAACCAGCAUCCCCGGCAAAUGCAAGGGACGGCAAAGACGCAGCGCCCUCUCCUGGGAAAGAGGACAACCAGCAGACAACCAUCCAACUGGAUAAGGGAUCUUCUACUGGGAAACAGCCGUGGACUGACCUCAAACAGGAACUGAAGAUAACUGAACCUGAGAUCGACCUGCUGGACGAGACUUUUAACCCCAUUUUCGGCUCCAAGGGCACGUUUGAGGGCACGAGGUUAACAAUGGAUGUUAAGUCAAAGCGAAGCCGCAGCUCUCCGUCUCUGUCUUUGUUAUUCAGGGAGCAGUCUUCAAAUACCUCUUUGAGUGACCGUGUAAUCGCCACUGGAGACUCUGCACAGAAACAGCCCUCAGGGUCAGACAUUUCACUUCACAAAAACACCGAAAUCACCCCUCCUGCUGACCUCUUGGAUGAGAAAAAGAAGAAGCUGCAUCUGAAAAUCACACCCUUACACAAAGAUGACACCAAACAGGGUCAACUUAUUUUAAAGGAAACAGAUAAAGUUGUAAAUCCUUUGACGAUAGAGGAUACUCCAGCGGUUGUAGGCUUCUUAGGAGCAGAUGAUGCCAACAAGAAAUCAGAAGAAAGCAAAGUUCCUCAAGGAGACAAAAAAAUCUCCUGUGAUGGAGCAAAGAAAGAUUUGAUUCCAGAAGUUAUUCAAAGGCUGUCGGUGUGUUUGGAGGAAAAACGUAAAACUUUGGAUCUGCCAAACCUUGGUGAAAGAAGUGGGAGAAACUCCGAGGAGCUGGACUUGGUUGAGUCUUGGGAGGACUUUAGCUCCACUAAGUUAUGGGUUACCAGUCCUCUCCACUCACCGGACGUGGAGGAGUUCUUUAACCGACUAUCGCCCUUCUGCUCUGUGGGGGAAACUCACAUUUCAUCUGCUUCAGUUGAUAAUAUCAAACAGUCGCUUGUUAAAAGCACUGAGCACCCCUCAGGCAGCUUUCCUCUGACUACCAGUAGCAAACCAGAGACUAAAUGGACGUGUUUGCCACCGGGGGUCAGUGUGAACGGCAGUAACACAGCACAACCUCACACAGGAAAAGCAAAACAGAAGAACACAGUGUCAUCUCAGAGAUUGUACAGACAGAUGUCUUAUGAGGCGGAGAAAAGAGAAGAAAACAGCUAUUCUAAACACCGACCAUAUUCACUCAAUUUGGACCUUGGGAAUCGAUGCAUCAGAGACAUUUCUAAUCAGCAAAACCGUCAUUCACCAGAGUUCUCCUCAAGUCAGAGAGGACUACUGACCUCCUCUGAAUCUGUAGCCAGCAGGCUGCCCUCAGAGCUGGAGUUGUUUCUAAGUGAUCGGCAGGCUCCUCUACGCAGAAAUUCUGCCCCGGUGAGCGUGUCAUCGGUGCGAACAGCCUUCAUGAUCAAAACCUGCCAGGCCAAAGCCGUGCCCGUCGUCCCUCCAAAGGUGCAGUACAGUCAGAUACCUCCCUCCAGACAUGAGAAGGACUUUGACGAAGCCAAGGAACAACAAAAGGAAGAUCCUAAGACGACUGUAGAGAAAAGCAACGCGGCACUUGCUCCGGUGAUGUCCGAUCUCAAGGAGGAGCUGGAGAAUAAAGCGCCUGAACCCAAACACCAAAAACUCCCCCUUGUUGCCGAGUCUCCGAAGACCACAUCUACUCCAGAGCUGCCAGUCAUCAGGAGGAGACACCCGCCCAGUUUGGAAGUGUUCGUGGACUGUCCCAGACCUAACAGAGGGAACAUCCAUCAGAGACCGUCCUUUAGGAACAGGCAGAGACCUCAGAGCCUCAUCCUUCUCAGCCCUCCCUUUCCCAUCAUGGACUAUCCUCCCUCAGGAGACGACAGCAGGCUCCUCUCGUCCAUCAAGAGCCUGGAUGAAACGUCGGCAGUGAAUGUCUUUUCUAAAGAGAUGGCGGAGAAUUUCAGGACACCGGAGGGGGUCGCCCUUCAAAACAAAAUGACUAUUCCAAAAAGUGGACAGAGACUGGAAACGUCAACCAGCUGCUUCUACCAGCCACAGAGGAGGUCCAUGAUAUUCGACAGCAGGAGCCACAGACAGAUUGAGUGACUGGAGGGGAAAGCACUGACUGUGAGACUGGCUGUGUGUAAAUACAUAAAGUAUACGAGGACACUUUCAGGAGGAUGAUAUGGUAACCUAAGGUUAAUACAGGCAUUUUGUUUGCUAUGAUUCAGGCGUUUCUUGAGGGCUUUGUGAAAAGAGAUUCUGAAGUAUUUGAGUGAAUGAAGCCAUAAUGUAUGUGAAAGCUUGAUUGAGAUCUAGGAAUGCCAUUUUUUUUAAAUCAUCUAUUACGAUGCAGACAAGUCAAUUAAUUGUCGAGUCUAGAAAAUAUCAGACAAUGCCAUACAAAGGGAAAAGGGAAGUUUCCUAGUGUCCAAUAUAUUCAGUUAUAUAGAUAAACUCAUAAGACUUAAGGUCGCUAGCUAGCUUUUCAGAAAGUUUCAGCCAUAUAUCAUAGUCUCUCAGCUCUCAUCAAGAAAACUCCAUCCACUUAAGAAGACUAUGAGAUGUGGUUUAAAUAUGUGCAAGAAGCUAGUAAGUUGACUUAAAGGUGGGGUAGGUCAUUUUGGAGAAACCAGCUCGAGUGCGCUAGAAUUUGAAAAUACACAACCGGAACAAAUCUGCCACUUCCUUACAGAGCCCCUCCUCCAACACACAGGAAGGCUGACAGGCAGGUCGGCCAUCCAGUUAUUUUAGCCGGGCCGGCUAAAAUGAUUGGUCGUGCUUUUUACAGUACUACGGCUUCCACAGAUGACAUUUUUUAUGGAUUUUUUGUCAAAGCACUUGAUAUUCAUUGCUAUCGGGAUGUUAAGAGCAUUCCAUGGAAUAUAACAAAAAGUGUAUCUCGAGCCGGUUUCUCAAACUUACCCCACCUUUAAGUUAUUAUGUCUUGAUGUCAUUUUAUAUUUUACUUUUUAUACUAUUUUCCCCAAAAAAGGUUUGUUAAACUGGAAGGGCACUUGGGGUGCAGAACUUUACCAAAGCCACAUUUAUCACAUUUGAAUCCGCUCAAAAAUGCUGACCCAUGCUACUCCUUUUCACAGAGUUUCAUGAAAAUCGGGAGAAUAGUUUUUACUUAACCCUGCUGACAAAACAUAUGUCCUAACUGAAUUUACCCUCAAACAUUAAGGGCUAAAGGUUAACAGCCAUGAAUUUAAACAUGUAGAUGAAAAUGUGUUUAUUUAUUCCUUUAUUAACAUACACACGAUAUAAAGUAAACUUCAUAUCGUUAUACUGUAUAUUGGCUCCGCAGUAAGCUGAAUGUGAUUUAAGAAAUAUAUAUAUUUAAAAGGACUUCUCUAAAUACAGUAUAUAUCGCAAACUCAAUUUAGAUAGUAUUUACCCAUGGAAGAGCUUUAAUUCAUGUGUAUCUUUAUUUUCAGAAAUUGCUUUGUAUGUUAUGGCCAUUUUUAUUUGUUGUUUGUUUUUUGACAACAACGACAAACAGCAUUGUAGUAAGGAUUUUUGUGCUGAUGCUGCUGUGCUGACAUUAAACUGGAUUUGACUUUGUGCACGCUGACUGUAUUUCAUGUGUUUGAGUCAAAGUCAGAUGACGGUAUCUCGAGGUUUGUGCCUCUUUUCUUUGAUUUAAAAAAACACGGGAUUUGUUGGUUUUAGCUUUGGGGCCCAUGACCAUAACAGUCUGAAUGUUAAAGGAGGCUACAGAGUAUUUUCUAAAGAUGUGGAUGUAUAUGAAGACAAAGUGUUUAGUUUGGAUGGACUGGAUGAAUGAUUAAGGUGUUUUAUAAGGAAAAGGUUUAAGACAUUAGAUACAAGUUGUUGUUAUUUUUGCUUUGUAACUUGUGUAUACUUGUUGAUACUGAAAAUGAUGGAUUGAAGCGUCUGUAUUCAUAGGAAAAAGAACUGAAGUGAGAAUUUUGAGAGUUUGCCGUAAUUAUCUGUUGUCGGCCUUUGAAGUGAUGUACAUAGGACACUUGAUGCAUUUUGUUACAACCAAAAGUAAAGAGAAUAAAAUGUUCUGAAAUCA